AGAAACCAAACUUAUAACAAUGAGUUGGUUUCUUGGGAUUUUGUUCCUCAGUCUCAUAUAUGGCAGUGUUUCAGAGGUUCAAGACAAAGAUGACCGUUCUGCUGUUGUAGUUGGCACUGUCUACUGUGACACAUGUUCUCAACAUGAUUUCACACCCGAAACCCCCUUCAUUUCAGGUGCCAAAGUUGGUGUAGAAUGCAAAUUUGCGCAUUCAGAACCAAGUUUCGAGGAAGAAGUGGAGACAGAUGAACAUGGUGAAUUCAAAGUGAAGCUGCCAUUCAAAGUGUGGAAGCAUGCAGAGAGAAUCAAGGGGUGCAGUGUGAAACUCAUCAGUAGCAGUGAGUCAAAUUGUGAUGUGCCCUCAGUUUCCACCUCUUCUUCAGUGAGACUCAUUACAAGAAAGCAAGAAGAACACAUUUUCUCAGCUGGCUUGUUCUCAUUCAAACCUGUUGAAAAACCAACCUUUUGCGACCAAAAACAAAGUGUUUCAAACCCAUUUACAUCAGAAAAAAAUUCAGCAGUAGAUGCUGCUUUCCCUCCCCUCCCAUUCCUACCACCAAUCCCAUUCCUACCUCCAAUUCACUUCCCUCCAAUCCCAUUCCCACCAAUUCCUUUCCUACCUCCAAUCCCAUUCCUGCCUCCAAUCCCAUUCCUACCUCCCAACCCAUUCUUCCCUCCAAGCCCACCAAGCCCACCCCAAACUCCAAGUCCAGUGCAACCACCUUCUUCACCACCAACCGAAAGUCCACCUCCAUCGUCACCACCUCCAAGUCCAGUGCCAGAACCUCCCAGUCCAUUGCCAGAACCUCCCAGUCCGGUGCCAGAACCUCCCAGUUCAUUACCAGAACCUCCCAGUCCAGUGCCAGAACCUCCAAGUCCAGUGCCAGAACCACCAAGUCCAUUGCCAGAAUCCCCAAGUUCAUCGCCAGAACCACCAAAUCCAUUGCCAGAACCUCCAAGUGCAUUGCCUGAACCUCCAAGUUCGUUGCCACCACACAGUGCAGCACCACUAAACUACUAUACAGUUUAACCACCAUGCCCACACAGCCAAUUUUCCCAAUGCUGCUUCACCCACUUGUUUAAAUAAAGCGCUUGACGGGGAACUAGGCAAUUUAAACGAGCUUCCAAGUAAAAAGUAGAAAAAGAGAAAAGUUAAGUAAAAUUAACCUACAUGUUGGAGAUGUGUUUGAAAAUAUGAGAUAUGUAAGUUAAUGUUAACUUAUCAGAGGAAUUUAUACAAGUUGGUGUUAUAUCUGUUCAUAACUUGU